AUGGAAGUGCACAUUUCGCGAGAAAGGACAGAAUUGGGGAUAAACUGUCCAAUCUUUUCAUUAUACUUUGUCUCCCAGGACGCUAUUCUGAAGCUUGGCCCCUUGCCACGUCUGCUGAAUGACAUCAGUGUAGCCUUGAGGAACCCCCAGCUCCACCGGCAGGCCAGCCACCAGACAGACAGACAGCAGGACAGGCUCAUCACACGGCCUUCCUCCAAUCGCCUGGUAUCAUCUGAUUUCCAGAGCCUCAUGAUGCGGGAUCUCAACAGGUAACUGCUCCGAGUUUAAAGGCAUAAUCUGCGUAAGAUUUCUUGAGGUUCAAUGGUAAUUUCAAUUGAUACGCAUUGAUUCUUGAAGAAUGUAAAUUAUAAAUGCCUUAUUAAUUUAGUACUGGUUCACCCUUAUCGUAAUCCAACAGCUAUGAUUGUACAAUUUCAUUGUUGUUGUUUGAGUAUUUGUAAAUAAACAAUGUUGACGCAAAGAGGGGUGAGGUGUGAGCCUAAAAUGUAUACUUUACAAUAGCUUUCAAAUACAGCCCCUGACAAUGGUAAUAAUGAUAGAUAAUGGUGAUGAUCCUCCCCCAGCUCAAUAGACAUCUCCCGUCUCCCCUCCCCAACCUCGGCAUUAUCUGGGGGUGGGGUCCUCUCGUCUCACGUCAGCAUGGGAAGCUUUGUGGAACGAGACCCCCGCGGUUCAAAGGACGUUUUCUACGUGACCCGUCCCCCCUUGGCUCGGUCCAGCCCUGCGUACUGCACCAGCAGUUCUGACAUCACUGAGCCAGACCCAAAGGUAAACACUGAUGCAUUGAUUUAUUGCCACUAGCAGCCAUCAAUUAAUUAACUACCAAAAACUUUGAGUUGGACACAUACAGUAUAUUACAACUCAUAAUAUACCUCACAAUUUAGAUACAGUGAGGGAAAAAAGUAUUUGAUCCCCUGCUGAUUUUGUACGUUUGCCCACUGACAAAGAAAUGAUCAGUCUAUAAUUUGAAUGGUAGGUUUAUUUGAACAGUGAGAGACAGAAUAACAACAACAAAAAUCCAGAAAAACGCAUGUAAAAAAUGUUAUAGAUUGAUUUGCAUUUUAAUGAAGGAAAUAAGUAUUUGACCCCCUCUCAAUCAGAAAGAUUUCUGGCUCCCAGGUGUCUUUUAUACAGGUAACGAGCUGAGAUUAGGAGCCCACUCUUAAAGGGAGUGCUCCUAAUCUCAGUUUGUUACCUGUAUAAAAGACACCUGUCCAUAGAAGCAAUCAAUCAAUUAGAUUCCAAACUCUCCACCAUGGCCAAGACCAAAGAGCUCUCCAAGGAUGUCAGGGACAAUAUUAUAGACCUACACAAGGCUGGAAUGGGCUACAAGACCAUCGUCAAGCAGCUUGGUGAGAAGGUGACAACAGUUGGUGCGAUUAUUCGCAAAUGGAAGAAACACAAAAGACCUGUCAAUCUCCCUCGGCCGGGGGCUCCAUGCAAGAUCUCACCUCGUGGAGUUGCAAUGAUCAUGAGAACGGUGAGGAAUCAGCCCAGAACUACAUGGGAGGAUCUUGUCAAUGAUCUCAAGGCAGCUGGGACCAUAGUCACCAAGAAAACAAUUGCUAACACACUACGCCGUGAAGGACUGAAAUCCUGCAGCGCCCGCAAGGUCCCCCUGCUCAAGAAAGCACAUAUACAGGGCCAUCUGAAGUUUGCCAAUGAACAUCUGAAUGAUUCAGAGGAGAACUGGGUGAAAGUGUUGUGGUCAGAUGAGACCAAAAUCGAGCUCUUUGGCGUCAACUCAACUCGCCGUGUUUGGAGGAGGAGGAAUGCUGCCAAGAACACCAUCCCCACCGUCAAACAUGGAGGUGGAAACAUUAUGCUUUGGGGGUGUUUUUCUGCUAAGGGGACAGGACAACUUCACCACAUCAAAGGGACGAUGGACGGGGCCAUGUACCGUCCAAUUUUGGGUGAGAACCUCCUUCCCUCAGUCAGGGCAUUGAAAAUGGGUCGUGGAUGGGUAUUCCAGCAUGACAAUGACCCAAAACACACGGCCAAGGCAACAAAGAAGUGGCUCAAGAAGAAGCACAUUAAGGUCCUGGAGUGGCCUAGCCAGUCUCCAGACCUUAAUCCCAUAGAAAAUCUGUGGAGGGAGCUGAAGGUUCGAGUUGCCAAACGUCAGCCUCGAAACCUUAAUGUCUUGGAGAAGAUCUGCAAAGAGGAGUGGGACAAAAUCCCUCCUGAGAUGUGUGCAAACCUGGUGACCAACUACAAGAAAUGUCUGACCUCUGUGAUUGCCAACAAGGGUUUUGCCACCAAGUACUAAGUCUUGUUUUGCAGAGGGGUCAAAUACUUAUUUCCCUCAUUAAAAUGCAAAUCAAUUUAUAAAAUUUUUGACAUGCGUUUUUCUGGAUUUUUUGUUGUUAUUCUGUCUCUCGCUGUUCAAAUAAACCUACCAUUAAAAUUAUAGACUGAUCAUGUCUUUGUCAGUGGGCAAACGUACAAAAUCAGCAGGGGAUCAAAUACUUUUUUCCCUCACUGUAUGAAUUAUCCCAAUCACUAAAUAGUGAACAUUUUUGGGUCAUAAGUGACAUAAUAAUAGGUUAUUCCAGUUGACAGGUUAUGUUCUCUCUCUCCUAGGUCCUCAGUGUGAACAAAAGUGUGUCCAUGAUGGACCUGCAGGACUCACGGAUGAACAGCAUUUCCAACCUCCAUUCGGUGGGCGAUAUGCUCAACUCCUCCCAGGCCUCCAUAGCAGGCCUGGGCCACAGUUUCGGGAACCUGGGUGGCCCGCUUCGCAUGGGAGGCCACAUGUCCGCUGGCGGCUCGGGGGGCUCUGGCUUGAGGCUGAGCCAGAUGGGGGGACCCCUCCACCACAUGGGGGGUCCCACCGACUCUCUCUCCCAGCAGCAGCAGCAUGCGGCAGCCGCCAUGCACUUCCCCCUCUCCUUCCAGAACCCCCUCUUCCAUCUGGCUGCCGACGGCCCUCGGGGUCAGCCCCACAGUCGUCCUCAGGCCCAGCCACCUCCCCCUCCGCUCUUGCUGGCCCCGGAGCUUGACAAUGCCCACCACCAACAGGGCUACGUGAGGGCAUUCGGCCACGGUGGCUUCUCGCGCAGCGAGGACCUGUCGGCCCUGCGGCCACAGAGCAGUCUGGUGCAGCCCAGUAUUGUCCAUUCUCACAGCUACAGUGACGACUACACGCGGCAGAACCAGAACACUGAAUACGCCCAGCGCCAGCUUUCGCUGCAAGUGCAGGUCUGUAUUCCAGGAAAAUAUCAGUCAUUUAAUUUCAAUUGAAUUUCAUUAAUUCCGGUAGCAGCAUUUCAGAUGACACUGUCAGAGCCUAAGUGCACGAUAACAAGAAUACAUCUCUUCAUACUAAACAUACAUACACCACACAAUGCAUGUAACACCUCAUGCAGACAUUACAUUUAGCAAUCUGACUGUUGCAAACUGUUGUUGUGGUCUGUUGCAUUGAUAAACCCCAUCAUGGAUUUAAAUUGAUAUUUCAUAUAAUUUCAAAAUAAAUGUACAGGAAUGACCCAGCAGUCACUUUUUAGAGACAUUGAUAGUGAAAUGUAUCUGCCUAUUGUUUGUAUGAGCAGAUGCUUGAAAAACAAGUUAGACAGGCAUGAACAAAAGGAUUGUCCGAAUAAAUUGACUUCACAACCAUUCCUCACGUCCUCGUCUCUCCUCUUAUAUUUCCUGCCCCCCCUCCCUCUGUCUCCCUCUCUUCCUUUUCCCGCCCACCCUCUCUCUCUCAGGAGAAUCUCCAGCAGCAGAUUCUUAUGGGCAUGACCCCUCAGACGGCAACAGGCACAGGCACUCCCACCUCCUUGGCCACUCCCCCUUCCACCGUGCACCCUGUCCGUCAUGGCUCCGUAGCACCGCCUCCCCCGCAGCGCCUCAAAUCCCAGCUGUCCAUCAGCCCCGGGGCCACCUCCACCCCUCCCAAGGCCCGCCCCCAGAGCAGGAACCUCCUUCUCCAGUCGCCCGAGUCCAGCUUUGGCGGCAGGCAGCCCUCUCCGCAGCAACAACAGCAGCAGCAGCUGUCUGUCAAACCGUCUGACUGCCCAGCCCCUGGGCUCCCGCACCAGUCGAGCUCUGCCAGGGACGGCCAGGGGGCACCACAAGGGGGCAACGGAGAGACCACAGACACCCCAACUAAGAGCACCAAGCAGCCUCAGACCACAGACACCCCGACUAAGAGCACCAAGCAGCCUCAGCAGCAGUCCCAGCAGCAGCCUCCACAGCAGCAUCUGCUCAAGCCCACAGUCAAUAAACAGGUCUAUUGCUGGAAUGCCAUGGGCUCUAUGUUGGGACGCCUGGGUAUCCAACUGGAGCAAUCCAGGAGACUUGAGACCGUGUUAGUCCACUGAGCUAAAGCCUUGGCAUUAGCUCUGGGAGCUAAAACGAGUCUAGAGGUCUCAGGCAAGGUUACUCGUCACAAACCACCUUGGCUACAUAUAUUAAUCAUACUUUGGUGAUUCUCAGAAUCUCAACUGAUUUAGGAGGGAGGGGUCACAGAGGAAGCUUAGCCUGUGUCACAACUUCAGUGUUAUGAACAUGUAAUUUGUGUUCGAUUUUAACCAAAUCUAUAUUUUGUCCCAGUUCCCUACACGUUUCACAUUAUGUAAAAGUAUGUAAUGUAAUGUAAAUGUAACAUCAAAGACAAUCUGAUUAUGUAUUGAAGGCUAUUGUUUGAACAUUAUUGUAUAUUGUCCAAAUCUAAGUACUUGUCCAAAGGUAAGUGCAUAGAGAUACAUGUAGAAGAUGGAUAGCCAACCAAAAAGCACAGAAAAGUGUUGCUGUUUGAUCUAGUAAUUUAAGCAAUAUGCCGUCAACGCUUAACAGAUUAGAACACAUCACAAGCUUUCCUAAAUACUUUCCGAGAUAGGAGUACCUUUUAGUCUUAAUAAUCUUGAUAGCAGGAUCAUGCGAUUUCUGAUCCUCUUCCUGUAUCAUCUUGCCUCUUUGCUUUCAGGGUUCUCAGUCCCCCUCCACCCUGACCCCCAACGAGCGCACUGUGGCCUGGGUGUCCAACAUGCCACACCUCUCUGCCGACAUUGAAAUAUUGCGUAGCUCAUCGAACCUUGAGGACCUCAAGAUGAAGGAGUACUCCAAGAGCAUGGACGAGUCACGCAUGGAUAGGGUGAGUCCAUUUUUGGGGGGAUGA